AUGGAUUUUGAAAAAGAUGAAGUCUUCAAAGGCAAAAUCAUUGUCCAUUCAAUCCGUACUCUGCCAUCAGAAUUCGUCACUGAAAUCCUGUUAAGGCUUCUAGUGAAAUCCCUUUGGAAAUUCAGUUCAUUACUUAAUGACUCUGUGAUUGAGCAUUGUAACUUGGAUUAUCCAAUGAAUGACGCGGGAACACAUGUUUGGGUUGUCGGUUCAAUUAAUGGAUUGUUUUGUCUUGCAAUUGAGGAAGCUGGAAUGUUUAUGUGGAAUCUGUCAAUUAGGAAGUUCAAGCAGUUUCCUAAUUGUAGACUUCAUACUAGUCACAUAUAUGGUUUUGGAUAUGAUGAAUUUCGUGAUGAUUAUAAGGUAGUCUCUAUUAAUAAAUCUGAGAGUCCACUUCAAGGUGAGGUUAACUUAUAUAGUCUAAAAGCUGAUUCUUGGAAAAGUGUUGAUGAUUGCCCGAGUGAGGGGAUAUUAAAUGUUUUUGGUAAGUUUUUGAACGGGAAGCUAUAUUGGCCCGCUACUAUUGUUGGACUAGAUACAUCGGUUGAUUGGUCCGUAGUUUCUUUUGAUUUGGCUGAUGAAAAGUGGGGAAAGGUGGAGAAGCCUUGCUCUCAAGAAUGA